AUGAACUUCACAUUAUUCUCGGGUGUUUCAGGGCAGCCUCGUUUACCACAUGACCCGUCAGCUGAGUCUUUUGAACUCCGAGCCGUCGCGGGACCCGAUAUAUGGCGGACCCCUGCUUGUGCUGGAGGACGAGACAAUUUCAACGGUCCAAUCUAUGCAACUCCUCUUGUGCUAGAUUCGUUCAAGAAGGCCAAGGUCACAAUAUCAGCCAAUUUCCAAGCCCCGUACUCCCAGGGUGGUCUCAUUCUGUUUAUGCCCGAGGCUGAUCCAACUGUCGAUAUCGAUGAGCAGUCGUCGCACCUUCGCGCAUCACCAACUACAUGGAUCAAAGCUGGAAUUGAACUUGUCGAUGGCCAGCUCUUCGCCUCUGUAGCGGCAGGCAAACCGUACUCUGACUGGAGUUUGACGAGAUUGGGCGAAAGUACUGCCACGUUUGAGCUGGAACAGACAAAUGGAUCUCUUUGGGUGUAUGUUACUGGGUCUGAUGGACAGAGGAUACCGUUAAGGAAGUUGACUUGGGUUUUUGACAUGAAGCCUCAGCGGGAUGUUUGGGUUGGUGUGGCUGCUUGCAUGCCCAAGGGAGAUGGGACACCGAACGGUGGAUCGUUAGCAGUGCUAUUUAGGGACUUUAGCGUCACAACUGACUGA